CCUCACGUACAGAUCCCCUACUUUGCGUCCUCCCACGAUUCCAAGACUGCUCCGGACCAGGCGGAAAGCAGCCACGGCCAGAGCUCCCGCCCGUAGUGUUCACGAUCCACACCGACAGAUACCUAUACAAUGCCUUCCCACCGACUUCGUAUCGACGGUGCUACCUUUCGCGACUCGGCCGACCGACAAGUCACUCUCCACGGCAUCAACAUUGCAGGCGACUCGAAACUACCCGCAGCCCCCGAUAUACCCUCCCAUACCCGCGAACACUUCUUCGAAGGCGACGAUGUGUCCUUCGUAAACCGACCCUUUGCUCUCUCCGAAGCACAUACACACUUCUCUCGACUGCGAAGAUGGGGCUUCAACACAAUACGCUACAUCUUCACCUGGGAAGCUCUCGAACAUGCAGGUCCAGGGAACUACGAUGAGGACUUUAUAAAACACACCAUCAACACAUUGCGGGUAGCUCAAGAAUAUGGCUUCUACGUGUUUAUGGAUCCGCAUCAGGAUGUGUGGAGUCGCUUUACUGGUGGAUCUGGAGCACCAAUGUGGACAAUAUACGCCUGCGGGCUGGACCCGAAGAAGCUGAUGGACACAGAGGCGAGUCUGGUGCAAAACACAUGGCCGGAUCCAGCGCAAUACCCGAAGAUGGUGUGGGCGACGAAUUAUACACGACUAGCGGUGCAGACGAUAUUCACAUUGUUCUUCUCCGGCAAGGAGUUUGCGCCAAAAUGUGUGAUCGAUGGAAAGAACAUUCAGGACUAUCUGCAGGAGCAUUUCGUAGGAGCAUGCAAGCAUUUGGCAACUAGGAUUCAUGAGGCGGGAGACUUGGAGGGCGAGACGGUGAUAGGAUACGAGACAGUCAAUGAGCCGAAUAAGGGAUAUUAUGGCCACCCAGAUCUGUCCAAGAUUCCGAAGGACCAGAAAUUGAGGAAGGCGACAACACCAACAGGAUUUCAAGCCAUGUUGACCGGUUCAGGUCGAGCUGUCGAGAUUGAAACGUGGGAAUUUGGCGGGCUUGGGCCUUACAAGAGCGGGACACAACUCGUCGAUCCGAAAGGCACAUCGGCAUGGCUUGAUCCAGGGAACUGGGACGACUCGACAUACGGCUGGAAACGGUCGCCGGACUGGAAGCUGGGUGAGUGUAUAUGGGCUCAGCAUGGUGUGUGGGAUCCGAAAACCAAUGAAUUGCUGCGCCCACAAUACUUCGCCAAACAUCCCUCGACUGGCGAGACAUUAGAUCAAGACGUCUGGACAAACACCGACUUCAUGGACUACUACAAACACCACACGUCCGCCAUGCGCUCUGUGUGGUCCGACUGCUUUCUCCUCAUUCAGCCGUCACCCUUUGAAAUCCCUCCAGAAAUAAAAGGGACUCCCGAAGGCGACGACGCGAACACGAUCUUCGCCAGUCACUUCUACGACGGCAUCACUCUCAUCACCAAGAAGUGGAAUCGAUAUUGGAACGUCGAUGUCCUAGGUGUACUCCGCGGCCGAUACUCCUCUCCAGCCUUUGCAAUCCGCCUCGGCGAGACUGCAAUCCGCAAAUGCUUCCGCGAUCAACUCAGCUCCAUCCGACAAGAAGGCAUCGACAACAUGGGCGUCCACCCAUGUCUAUUCACCGAGAUCGGCAUUCCCUACGACAUGGACAAUCAACACGCAUACAAAACCGGCGACUACAGCUCUCAAUCCGCCGCCAUCGACGCCAACUUCUUCGCCAUCGAAGGCUCUCAAGUACAGGGUCUCACCUGGUGGGUCUACACAGCGUCCAACUCCCACUACUGGGGUGAUCAAUGGAACGGCGAAGAUCUCUCAAUCUACUCCUCCGAAGACCGACCCCUCCCAUCGCCUGUCAUCGCCGCCUCCAAAUCCACCCUCUCCCUCGACCCUGCUUCUCCCUCCUACUCCGCGUCUCACACCUCCGAUCCCAUUACUCCAGGCUCCCUCAACAAAACUCUCACCACCGACUCAAUGACUCCGUCCGCCUCGUCAAACCCUCCAGGCGACGCUCCGCAAGGCUUCCGUGCUGCAGAAGCCUACACUCGUCCUUACCCCAUCGCCGUCGCCGGCAAUCUCACAUCCUACGGCUUCGACUUGAAGUCCUGCACCUUCACCCUCGCUCUCUCUGCACCUCGUCCUAUCGACGCGAAUUCUCCAACGGAGAUCUUCCUGCCGAGUUUCCACUUCCCUUCCACACCGGGUGCGACACACGUGCAGGCCAGUGGUGGGAAGUGGGAAAUUCGAGUGGUGGAUGGGGAAGGUGAGGCGCCGAGACAGGUGUUGAGGUGGUGGCAUGGGGAGGGGGAGCAGAAGUUGGAGGUGAAGGGGGUGGUGAGGAAGAGGGGUGUUGUGGAGAAGGAGGAUGAUGAGGAUGACGGGUGGUUGGGAGCUUAUUGGAGGUUUGGGAAGGGGUACCUCGGCCAGCAUACUCGCGAGCGUAUACGUACCUCUUGCUCAGACUACAUUGCAAACCUUCCGACAACGCCUCAUCGAAAUUUCAUGCCGACUUUGCUGGUCCCUCUCGACAAGUUGGCCUGCCAGCGUAUAUCUGCCAUGGUCUGCGAUGGAGAUGGCAGUGCACCAUACGCAGCUUCAGCAAUCAUGGCCACCGGGCUCUACUUCCCGCUCGACUCUUCGAGGAGAGAGAUCCGGCUCUUGACCAUCUUUCCGUCGAACGAUUUUGACAGCCGGAUCGAAUGCCAGCUUCAGACAAAGUCUCUCGAUGACGACAUCGAGUACGAAGCCAUGUCCUACUGUUGGGGAGCUCCUAUCUUCGCCGAAAUGAUACUCGUCAACGGUUUCGAGGUCAAGAUUACCGACAAUUUCCACCAGGGGUUACGGCAUUUCCGAAGCCAUGGCAUUGCAAAGGCCGAGCUUCCUAUCUGGAUCGAUGCGGUGUGUAUCAAUCAGUGUGAUGUCGACGAACGAGGAUCUCAGGUGUCUAUGAUGUCCAGCAUCUACCGAGAGGCUGUCAGAGUGCACAUCUGGCUUGGAGGUCCGUCAAUGGUCCCGAAGGAGGCCAUGAGAGCGCUAGCACAUUUGAAUGAGGCUGCAACGCGGAAUUACCAGCACGAUUUCCACGGUGGUAGCGCUAUGUCGGACCGCCUGGAUCUGACCGAGCGAUGGCCGAGGUCGGACAGCGAGGAAGGACUGCAGGAUCUUCGAGACAUCCUUCUGAUCAUGCGGAACCCUUACUGGCGGCGUACAUGGGUUCUGCAAGAAGCUGCGGCUGCUAUUCAUGCAGUAUACACGGAAACGACGAACAAGUCGUCCUGCUGGGAUUCGAGAAUGAUCAAGUACCAGAAGGACCUGGCGAUGAAACCAUCCUCGCGGAACCUCGAUGCUAUGACCAGACGAUGCCUUUCGUGCAGACUGGCUAUAUGA